AAUGAAGGUGAAAAUGAAAGAAUUUUUUGACUUGGAAGCAGCCCAACAGGUUUGACAAUGCCAGUAGACUUGCAGGUGUAACAAACUAAAGUUGGGGAGAUAUUUGUUGUAGAUAUGGGAAAAGUUUAAACAGGGUGUUAAACGCUCACUGUAAUGAGGUAAAUAGUGAAUAUGAGCCGCUCUGAAAUGUGGACACACUUCAGCAAAUCAGCAGAUAUGUUUAUAUGAGGAACAGAAAAGGAUUUUAUUAGUUUGAAUCUACAGAAAGAGAUAAAGAUGGCGACUGCAAGCAAUAAGUUUAAACUCAUUGGUCCCAGUGGUAUAGAGGAGUGUAAUCACUCUGUUGUCACUGUCUCGUGUCAUCUGUCUCCUGAAAUCAGUGCUGUUAACAUGGAGAUCCGGUGGUUUAAGGGGACAGACUGUGUUUGUGUCUAUAAGAACAGACAGGUGACAGAGGGGAGAGGUUACGAGGGCAGAGUGAGUCUGUUCACUCAGGAGCUGGAGAGAGGAAACGUCUCCUUACAGCUGAGAGACUGUACACAGUCAGAUUUAGGACAUUACCUGUGUCAGGUCACUGAUGGAGACAGAACAGAGGAGAUUACAGUAUACAUGAGUAAGUGUUCCUCAACUCCAUACUGCAUAAACUCAACAUCAUCAUCUGUGCUUCUCAUCUCAGUAUAUGAAAUACACACUCAGUAUUCAGUAUGAGGUUCAGUAUACAGGGUGCUAAUGUGGAAUGAAGUUCAUUUUAGUUGAAUACACAGUAACUCUGAUUUUUUUUUACUCUGCUACA